CUUCGAUUUGCAUGUCGAUAUCAGUGCAAAUUCGGCUAUCGCAACUCGUGUACCCAACGCAGCGCAACCUUACGCAUCUUCAGUUACGGUUACAGUUAUAAGAAGAACUCAUCACCAAAGUUUAACAAUAUGAAGGUCCUCGUGAUCCUGUGCGCCCUCGUGGCAGUCGCCUCCGCCGGUUAUAUACGCAGCGGUUGGGGCGGUGGUUCCGGCGGCUGGGGUGGCUACGGUGGUGGUGGCUACGGCGGUUAUGGCGGUUAUAGCGGCGGCGGCUAUUCUGGCGGUUAUUCAUCACCGAGAGUGAUCAAAGUGAUUACAGUGGGCAGCAGCGGCGGUGGUUAUGGUGGUUAUGGUGGAUAUGGUGGAUACGGUGGUGGUGGUUAUGGCGUACACGGCAGUGGCGGCUGGGGUGGCGGUUGGAAGAGCGGUUAUGGUGGUGGCAGCGGUUGGUGGUAAAAUGCAUAUGUCGACCUGGCAACCCUGUCGUAUUGGAUCUUUUCGAAUUUCGUGUGUUGUGAUUUUGUUUUUGUAUAUAAAUCUGUAUGCAUAUAUGUACCUUUCUGCGGAAUAAAGUAAAUUUAUUUUAUGUGAAACGAAAAAAAAAAA